CGCCCCCUCCCGCUACACGCCGCGGUUGCGAACCACCCCACCGGAGCUGCUCGCUGAGCCUCGGCGGCCGCGGAGAUGAAACCAGAGCCGCGGACGCUACCGCCGUCCCCCAACUGGUACUGCGCGCGCUGCAGCGACGCGGCGCCCGGAGGCAUCUUUGGCUUCGCUGCCCGGACCUCCGUAUUCCUCGUCCGCGUGGGUCCGGGUGCGGGCGCGAGCCCAGGGGCACCCCCGUUUCGCGUUGUAGGAGAGUUGGUGGGACACACCGAAAGAGUAUCCGGCUUCACUUUUUCUCAUCACCCUGGACAAUACAACCUCUGUGCCACCAGCUCAGAUGAUGGGACAGUGAAAAUCUGGGAUGUAGAGACUAAGGCAGUGGUGACAGAGCACUCACUCCAUCAGCAUACAAUAUCAGCACUGCAUUGGUCUCCAACGGUUAAGGACUUAAUAGUCUCUGGGGAUGAAAAAGGAGUUGUUUUCUGUUACUGGCUUAACAGAAAUGACAGCCAGCACCUCUUCACGGAGCCCAGGACCAUUUUCUGUCUUACGUGUUCGCCUCAUCAUGAAGAUUUAGUAGCCAUUGGCUACAAGGAUGGUAUAGUGGUUAUCAUUGACAUCAGUAAGAAAGGAGAAGUCAUUCACAGGCUUCGAGGUCAUGAUGAUGAAAUCCACUCCAUAGCCUGGUGUCCUCUGUCUGGUGAAGACUGCUUAUCCAUACACCAAGAGGAAAACUCCGAAGAACCCAACAUUCCCAAUGGGAAACUGAUAACAGAAACCCCCAUUACAAAAGGCUGCUACUUAGCCACGGGAAGCAAGGAUCAGACCAUUCGAAUCUGGAGCUGCUCCCGAGGACGGGGUAUAAUGGUUUUGAAAUUGCCCUUUCUGAAGAGAAGAGGAGGGGGUGUGGACCCAACAGUUAAAGAACGUCUUUGGUUGACACUUCAUUGGCCUAAGAACCAGCCAACACAGCUGGUAUCCAGUUGUUUUGGAGGCGAGCUGCUGCUGUGGGACCUCACCCAGUCAUGGAGACGGAAGUACACGCUCUUCAGCACCUCAGCAGAAGGGCAGAAUCACUCCAGAAUUGUGUUCAAUUUGUGUCCUCUGAAGACUGAGGAUGGCAAGCAGCUGCUACUGUCCACAUCCAUGGACAGAGAUGUAAAAUGUUGGGACAUGGCCACCCUGGAGUGCUGCUGGACAUUGCCUUCUCUUGGAGGUUUUGCCUACAGCCUGGCUUUUUCUCCUGUGGACAUGGGCUGCCUGGCCAUAGGUGUUGGGGACGGCAUGAUCCGGGUGUGGAAUACACUCUCCAUAAAGAACAACUAUGAUGUGAAAAACUUCUGGCAAGGAGUCAAGUCCAAGGUUACAGCGCUAUGCUGGCACCCAAACAAGGAGGGCUGCUUGGCGUUCGGAACUGAUGACGGGAAAGUGGGAUUGUAUGACACCUGUUCCAACAAACCUCCACAGAUUUCAAGCACAUAUCAUAAGAAGACUGUGUACAGGUUGGCUUGGGGGCCACCAGUCCCCCCAAUGUCACUUGGAGGGGAAGGAGACAGGCCUUCCCUGACCCUGUACAGCUGUGGAGGGGAAGGCAUUGUGCUGCAGCAUAACCCCUGGAAGCUCAGUGGAGAGGCCUUCGACAUCAACAAGCUCGUGAGGGACACCAACUCUAUCAGAUACAAGCUGCCUGUGCACACAGAGAUCAGCUGGAAAGGAGAUGGCAAAGUCAUGGCUCUUGGCAAUGAAGAUGGGUCCAUAGAAAUAUUCCAGGUUCCCAACUUGAAGCUGCUCUGCACCAUCCAGCAGCACCACAAGCUGGUGAACGCCAUAGUCUGGCACCAUGAGCACGGCAGCCGUCCAGAGCUGAGCUGCCUCCUAGCUUCGGGCUCCAACAACGCUGUCAUCUACGUGCACAACCUGAGAACUGUCCUAGAGAGCAAUCCUGAGUCCCCAGUGACCAUCACAGAGCCCUUCCGGACCCUCUCGGGGCACACAGCCAAGGUCACCAGUCUGGCGUGGAGCCCUCAUCAUGAUGGAAGGCUGGUAUCUGCUUGCUAUGAUGGCACAGCUCAGGUGUGGGACGCCCUCCGGGAAGAGCCUUUGUUCAAUUUCCGAGGACAUCGAGGCCGGCUGUUAUGUGUGGCGUGGUCCCCAGUGGACCCAGAAUGCAUCUACUCAGGUGCAGAUGACUUCUGUGUAUACAGAUGGCUGACCUCCAUGCAGGACCAUUCCCGGCCUCCUCAAGGGAAAAAGUGUAUUGAACUAGAGAAAAAACGGCUCUCUCAACCGAAGCCAAAGCUUAAAAAGAAGAAAAAGCCCACCUUGCGACUGCCUGCAAAGCAAGAUUCCGCCAUUGGCAAUGAAGAGGAGAGUGCGAGGGAGAACUCGGGACCUGUUGAGAACGGUGUGUCGGACCAGGAUGCUGAGGAGGAAGCCCAGGAGCCGGAGCUGCCGCCGUCCCCAGUGGUUUCUGGUGAAGCUGUUUCCUGCACUGCCGUUUCCUUAGGUUUUGAAAAGUCAAAAGUUACAGUUAGUAGCAAAGCCACCUCACUGAAAAAGGAGCCACCCAAAGAGAAGCCAGAAGCCUUGCUCAAGAAGAGGAAGGCUCGUUCCAUGCUUCCCCUGAGCACAAGCUUGGACCACAGGUCCAAAGAGGAGCUCCAUCGAGACUGUUUGGUACUGGCAACUGCAACUCACGCCAAAGAGCUAAAUGAAGAUGUGUCUGCCGACCUUGAGGAACGGUUCCACUUGGGCCUUUUCACAGACAGGGCUACUCUGUACAGGAUGAUGGAAACAGAAGGAAAAGGUCACUUGGAAAGUGGCCACCCUGAGCUUUUUCACCAGCUCAUGCUCUGGAAAGGAGAUCUGAAAGGUGUUCUCCAGGCGGCAGCAGAGAGAGGAGAGCUUACAGACAGCCUCGUGGCUGUGGCACCAGUAGCUGGCUAUAAUGUGUGGCUGUGGGCCGUGGAAGCCUUUGCCAAGCAGCUAUGUUUCCAGGAUCAGUAUGUCAAGGCUGCCUCCUACCUGCUGUCCAUCCACAAAGUGUAUGAAGCUGUGGAACUCCUCAAGUCAAAUCAUUUCUACAGAGAAGCUAUUGCAGUUGCCAAGGCUCGGCUACGCCCUGAAGACCCUGUCCUGAAGGACCUGUACCUCAGCUGGGGGUCCAUCCUGGAGAGAGAUGGCCACUAUGCGAUCGCAGCCAAGUGCUACUUAGGAGCCACUUCCGCCUAUGAUGCAGCCAAAGUUCUGGCCAGAAAAGGAGAUGCAGCCUCGCUCAGGACCGCUGCAGAGCUGGCUUCCAUAGCAGGAGAAAGUGAGCUGGCUGCUUCUCUGGCUCUCAGAUGUGCCCAAGAGCUGCUUCUGGUGAAGAACUGGGUGGGCGCACAGGAAGCCUUGGGGCUGCAUGAAAGCUUGCAGGGCCAGAGACUGGUCUUCUCCCUCUUUGAGCUUCUGUGCCGGCACUUGGAGGAAAAGCAGCCCCCAGAGGUCAGAAGCCCCUCUUCUGUUUACCACCCGUGGGCCACGGGCUCUGAAGGAACCUUGGUGCAGAGAGUGACCAGUGUGUGGCGCAGUGCCUUCAGUGUGGACACCCCGGAGCAGUGUCGGGCCGCCUUGCAGAAGCUGCAGGAUGUCAAGUACCCGUCUGCAACAAGUAACACCCCCUUCAGACAGCUGCUGCUUCAUGUCUGCCAUGACCUGACCCUAGCAAUGCUGAGCCAACAGGCUGCCUCCUGGGAGGAGGCCGUGCCAGCUCUGCUGCAGGCCGUGCUUCGGAGCUACACCUCAGGGAACUUCACCCUCAUGCAGGAAAUCUACUCAGCCUUUCUCCCAGGCGGCUGUGACCACCUGCGAGACAAACUGGGAGACCUCUCUCUUGCCACUGCAGCUUUCAAAAGCUUAGAGGCCUUUUUUAUUUAUGGGCAACUAUAUGAAGUCUGGUGGUCACUCUGUGGGCCUGGCCCUGAGUCCAGCAUCUGGGUGAAAAGCACAGUCUCUGCGGAGCAGAGGGAGCCAGAUGACAGUGCCAGUGAUAAAGACACAGAGCCUGGGGCUACUGCUCAGCCACAGUCAAGUCAGCCUCCAGGCCCAGGCCUCAGGCUCAGUGGAGAAAGUGAGCGUUUACUUAGUGCCUGCAGAGAGCUCUUCUCAGAAAGGCAUGCCAGCCUCCAGACCUCCCAGAGGACUGUUGCUGAAGUCCAAGAGACACUGGCAGAAAUGAUCCGCCAGCACCAAAAGAGUCAGCUCUGCAAGGCCACGGCCAACGGCCCCACCAGAGAUGACCCUGGCCAGGAAGCAGAGCAGGCCCCUUCGCAACCUCAGAGCCCAAGCAGAGAAGAAGGGAAUGCAUCAGUCUCUCUCCCUGAAUUAACCCGAAGACUCACGGAGGCCAAUGAGAGAAUAGCUGAGUUUCCGGAGAGUAUAAAGGCCUGGCCCUUUCCAGAUGUGCUGGAGUGCUGCCUUGUCUUGCUUCACAUCGGGUCCCAGUGUCCUGGCGCCGUGAACCCUGAGAUGCAGCAACAGGCCCAGAAGCUCCUUCAGAAGUAUGGCCACACUAGAACUUACAGAAGACACUGCCAGAGCCUGCGCACAUAAACUUCCAGAGGCCAUAAAGCUGUGUCACACGGCUGUGACAACGUUCUUCUCAGUCACAGCUCACCAGGCCUCCACCCCAUCUCCACUGGAAAGAUGCUGUGGUCCAGCUGACAGCUGAGGGUGAAGCUUGAUCCACUCACAAUGGAGCCUGCCUGGUGCCUCCCAAGUGGUUUCCUGUAAUGGAGCCAAAAGCCAGCAGGGUCACUCAGAACUAGCCCUUACCAAGACUGCUGUCUCAAGCCUUACGUGGUUUCCCCAAAGAGAAGCCUUUUGUUCACCCCAAGUCUGUCUGUCCUAGGUGCAGCUGCCUUUAUAAAUCCCCACCAUCGGAAGUGUCUCCUUCUGUGGGAGGGGCACUUGACACGCUUAUUACUGUUGGGUCGGGGCUUCUUAAUUGGUUUGUUAGCUGGGCUUUCCCACCUCUCAAAGAGUAAAGGAAUUAGCCUCGUCCACCGUGUUGACUCGGAACAUCAGGUCAACGGUGAUUUUAUUUGUAUGGAGUUGCCUCCGUGGGCAGAUGGCCCAGGCGAUCUGAGAACAGAGCUGAUGUUGUCCUCCAGGCUGUGUAACGUGACUGAGGGUGAUUAGACAGCCCAGGAAAAAAAUCACUCCUGGUGGGUCUUUAAUCCUUUGGGGUCAUAAAACCCUUUGGUUGAGGAUCGACUAAAACCCAGCCUGGAGAACAAUGCGUAUUUCCUCAUUUUACAGUGCCUCCCGGGUCAUUAGGCUUCACUUGACACCCUGGAACCUACAGUACUAUUUAUUCCCCAGCUCUGGGCCUGCUGCUAGUUACCACAUAGCCAGACAGCUCAGAGACUGAUGAUGCCUCCACUGUCACUGGUUUCUAGAACAGAAAAAGCAGACAUGCUCAGGUUGGGUGGGCCAAGCAGACCUUCUUCUUGCCUCUCUUGAGGUCCAAUGUGAAGGCUUCAUCUGUGGGCAGCAAGAAAUAUUCCCCACUGGAACUCCAUGGGACGUGCAUCUUGAGGUAUUUGUGUGUGCUUAACUUUGGAAUCUAAAUGCUAAACCCAAAAAAGGGAACUACUGUACCAUUGUGUGAACUCUAGGAAGAUACAUUGGUCUUAAAGGCAAGAGUCUUGACAAAUGUGAGUAGGCUUGACUACAUAGAGGACUUCAUCUACAGAAUGGGAAAAGUUGGUUCCCUCCACUUGAAUAAAGAGUAGCUGGUAAAGUACA